GGUCCCCGUUCGGAACACAACGUUUGUGCUCAAGUGCGACGACACUCAUUAAAUCCGUCUCAGAAUCGAGUCGAUAGCGUUCGACAGGAUACUCUGGUCUCUCACCGAAAACUCUGGAGAUACUAGAGAACAAGAAGCUGUAGGUCACUGCCAGACGGAGUCUGUACCCUCAAUGGCAUCUCUGAGAAUCACGUAAGACAUUCGAUACGAGACCGAUUGUCAAGUCUUGACGCUUCCUCUCGAAGAAGGAAUCUUGAUCGUCACACCGACCCGAACAAGUCCCCAAAGAGAAUGAAUUCGAAGACACCCGAUUUCAAACUCGACGCGCCACCGGAAUUCUCAGCGAAGAUUGCGUCGAUUUUUGCGCAGUUGGGAGAUAUUGAAAAGAAACGGAAUGAGUCCCUUCAGUCAAGAGACCACGGGGCUUCGAAUGUGCAAAAAGAGGAUCCGGCGGUUCUCAGAGACGAGGAGUUUGCAAUUCCGAGGAGUAAGCUCCAGCUCGAUCGAAGAAACAGCUUUUCGCCGAGUGCAUCAGCAUGUCUUCGUCGGAAGCCUCCGUUCGAAUUCAGGCGUCCGAAAAUCCCGCCGCCCUCGCGGCCCAGGGUCCCGGAUCACAAACUCCACCCGGAGAAGUGGACGAAAUACAGCUUAGCUUCGGUCGAUGACUCACACAUGUCGGACGGUGCCAAUACAGCAGCUGCGCUCGCAUAUCUGAGACAACAGGAGCGAAAAUCUCAGGGGCAAGCUCUCUGGGAUGAAGACGCUCAGCUGCUGGAUCUCCGGGCCAAAGUCAUGUUUCACGGCAAAAAGAAGACCAAUGAGCGCCUUCGACCGAAAUUCCUCUUGAGCGACCAGCCUGGAGCCUCCGAUAUGCAGCAGCAAAAUAACGAGGCUGGCGCCGACACGAAUCGUACGAACUUCGGAACGAAGGUUCGAACACUGGUCGAAAAGCGAGCGAACGACAAUCGGAAGAUCGCUCUCAGCCAUCUGCAAGACAUGGACGACGGAGACGGCGAUGACGUUGAGAUGAAAAGCGACGAGAAUGCGUCGAAGUCUGCGGCGGAUCGGAUCUCCGACCAAGGCUGCAGCGACGCGAACUCCGAUGGCAAACCGAAACCGAAGAAGUUCAAACGAGCAGUACGGCAGCGAUCAGAAACUGACCAUCCGAGCGAGGACGUUGUUCCCGCGGGAGAUGAAGAGGCUCACAAGGGGUGUUAGUUGAGUUAGGAUGAGAUGUUUUGAAGCUCGGGGGACUAAUAGGGUAAGAGGGUUCAAGUUGAUCUGGUCUCCUCUCUUGAGCGCAUGUGCGUUUCGCUGGCAACUGACUGAUCUCCUGCAGUCUUCAGACUGGUUAG